AUGGACUAUGAAUCCAUACGAAAACUAAACCCCCGCUUGAUAUACGCCAGCAUCACGGGCUAUGGCCAGACAGGCCCAUACAGCAACCGUCCUGGAUUUGAUGUCAUGGUCGAAGCCGAGUUCGGAUUGAUGCAUUUGACCGGUUCACGCGAUGGGCCUCCAGUCAAGGUUGGCGUAGCAGUGACCGAUCUCACAACGGGGUUGUAUGCAUGCAACUCUAUCAUGGCAGCAUUGCUAGCCCGUGCAAAUACAGGCGAGGGACAACAUCUUGAUGUGUGCUUGAGCGAUGUUCAGACAGCAACUCUGGCCAACAUGGCAGAGUCUGUACUGAUCAGUGGGAAGCGGGAUAGCGGUCGAUGGGGGACUGCCCACCCGUCUGUUGUCCCGUACCAAGGCUUUAAAACCGCAGAUGGAGAUAUCUUCCUAGGAGGAGCUAAUGAUCGACUGUUCGGCAUUCUAUGCGAAAAGCUCGGCAAGUCCGAAUGGAGUAAAGACCCAAAAUAUGUCACCAACAACGAGCGUGUACGCAAUCGUAAAGAGCUUGAAGAUCUCAUUGAGUCCGAAACAGCUAAACGCACAACGCAAGAAUGGUUGAAAAUCCUUGAAGGCUCUGGCCUUCCAUAUGCAGCUGUGAAUGAUGUCUUAGGUACUCUAGACCAUGAGCACACCAAAGCUCGGGGCAUGGUGCAAGAGAUCGACCACCCAUCAUGCGGUCCCAUCAAAGUACUCAGCCCUCCUGUCAAAUACUCUAAUGCCGACCCAAGCAUUCGUUCUCCGCCACCUCUGCUAGGUGAGCACACAGAUGAGGUCUUGGAGAGUGUGGUCGGUUUAAGUCGAGAGAAGAUUCAGAGUCUUAAAUCAAAAGGGGUCGUCGCUUAA